AUGUUCCCCGGCGACGGAGAGAUUCUCUUGCGCAGUCGGCUCUACAUCAUCUGUGGUAUUCUCGUGCUCAUUCCCAACACCAUCUGUCUUUUGGUCUUCAAUUCCAGCAAGGAUUUCAGACAGAGAUUCGUGUUUUUCACACUUCUUUCCGUUUCUGAUAUGGUUUGUUUGUGUUGCUGUAGAAUUGAAACAUUCCAAAUUCGAUUCAGAUCAACGGCAUCUCGUUCAUAAUGUCGGGAACUGGCCGAUUGGAUCUCCUGUUGACCGACAAGUACCAUUUCGAGACGAGCAGUUCGGAGUGUAUGACUGGAUACCUCUGGCCAGUUUUCCUUCUUUUCGGUGGCCAACUCCCCGCCACCUUCCACUGUCUGUUGACUGUCGAACGAGUUCUGGCGGUGAACCGAGUCAGUUGGUACCGGAGCAGAUGGACGUGGCGCCACAGACUCUACCUCUCCUCGUUCGGAAUCUUCGUCUGUGUGGUAAGUGGUUGAAGCCCCUGCCCGUGAAGCCAUUCCCAUUAUUUCUGCCUUCAGCUCCUCAGCCUCAUCGCCCUGAUCGUCUCAUUCGCUUAUCCGACUCACAAUCAAAAUCGUAUCUGCGCAGUCAUGGAUUCCACUGGCAUCAUCUACGGAACCAUCCACUAUUGUUGGAUCGCUUUCUCCUAUAUGAUUGCCUUGCAGUCACUCUCAACUUAUUCCUCCGAUCUCAUGGCUCAAAGGUUAGUUGAAUGGAGUUUGGUGGAGGGGGAGAAGGAGAAGAAGAAGAAGAAGAAGGAGACGGAGCACGAGGCGAAUGAAAUACAUUUCAGUUUCUGAAUCACACGGAGAAACGCAAACAAAUGGCAAUUCUCAUUCUGUCGGGAAUCAACGUCGUCAUGGUCAGCGUGCCGAACUUUGUGCUCGUGGCCGAUGAAUGGCACAGCGCCAACUUUGACGUUCUUCUCGUCGGUCAGCUCAUGAAUCCGACGAGUUCAACAGAGAAUCUCUCUAUUUUCAGGUGUUGCCUAUCUGCUUUACGGUUUCCAAUCGUGCUUCAACCUUCCAAUCUUCUACUUUUUCCGUCUCGAAUUCCGUCGACGGUGCCACGAACUUCUUCGUUUCCGUCGCCACGGGUCCAAUACAAUCGUGGUAAUUUCCCCCGUUUUCCGUUCAUUCUAUUCAGUUUUUCGUCGUUUUCAGUCGAACGAAAUGAGCCGACAGAAGCUGUCACGAGUCAACGUUUCCUUCGUGAAUACGGUCAUGUAA